AUGGCCGAUUUUCAGCCGCUGAGUGCGACGGCUAUGAACCAUCUCGGCCGUAUACUGCAAGGUCAGUUUGGUCAGAUGCAGGAUAGUCUGGGCGAGCCAGUGCCAUCAUCGCCCCAGGGCAGGAGGCAGCUCCGGGAGCCGGUUGACCUGGCAGACCUCGGGACGAAGAAGGACUGUAUUCAUCGGCUUGUUGAAAAUCAAUGCUUUGUGGGUGGCUUCAUGAUACUUACUCUGUUCGCCCUCUUCGUUCCGGAUCUUGAUCUGCUUUUGGGCACUGCGCAGUCGCAGCAAGUGCUAAGCGUGAUCAUGACUGUGGCUUGUUUCCUUUUCUUUUUCGAGAUUGUCGUACAAUGCUUCGGGAAGAAAGCGUAUGUCUUUGGAGCAUACUUCUGGCUCGACGUCAUUGCCCUGAUCUCCCUCCUUCCAGACACGUGGCUCUUCAAAGCUGUGUUUGAGUCCAACCAGGCUUUCGUUGCUGGCCGCUCUUCUCGCCUGGCCAGGCUGCUGCGCAUUGCCUCACGUUCUUCGAAGGCCACGCGGCUGAAUCGCCUAACCCGCAUUGUCCGGGUUGCAGCGCUAAUGCCAAGGUUGGGGAAAGUUUGUUCCAAGAAGGUCAAGGUCAACGACACAAAUCGAGUUUUGGACAAGAAGUUGCGAAGAGUUUUCAACUUCUUGGACACUGAUAUGGACGGGCUCAUUCCACGCAUAGCGGUGCCAAGUGUAGUGGCAAAGCUGAAGGCUGGUGAUGCUUCCGACGAGCAGUCCGUGGCUCUCGUGAACUUGAUGAAGUCCAAGGUGGCGAGCACCCUCGGUGCCAUGAGACGCUUGGGCAAGGCUCCGAAGUCCGAACACAUAUCCGAGGGAGCGAGGUCCAAGGCGAUGCUUGAUUUUGACUUUGCCCCAGAGUCACCGAGCCAUUCGCAAGCUACCUCGGGGCCAGGUGCCGUUGACGUGCUCUCACCAACGCCGUGCUGCAGCGAGCAUCCAGAGAGUAUUCCGCCCAAGCCAGAAAGCAGCCAUGCCAGCCCCCGCCGGCGCUCGCCGCUCAGCAGGGCGCACACCGUACAGGCCAAGAUGAAGGUCAGUUUGGCGAGCAGCACAGCAUCCCAGCUGACAAAGCAGACGCCUGAGGAAGAAGAAGAGGACGUGGGGAUGAUCGAUUUCCAGGUGUUUAAGGAGCUGAUGCUGGAAGACAAAUGGGUGGAAGAGAAGCUUCGGCGUUCCUGUGAGCAGCAGCUCAAGCAGGCUAGCAACAUGAAGAACCUCACUUCCAGGCAUGCCGAGUAUGUGGCAGUGCAGGUGGCCUUGGGAGUUCUAGCGCUCCUCUUUGUGCUGAACAUUAUUGAGCCCACUGUCACCAACAAUUCGGCACUCCGUGGCCUGGGCUUCUGCGACAACUUAGUCCAGACAGAGUUUCCCGAUCUAACUGACCAUGCAGAAGUGCCUGAACUUGUCAAAGAGCAGGUUGAGGUGUGGCUUCAUGCAAUGGAACGGAGCAUCGGCACAAGAUCGUUGCUCUACUUGGAUUUGGAUAAGAAGGUGUACUGCAAUGAGAUCUCCUCAGGUGAUUCCUGCUUGGACGUCAGCUACUUCAAGGGACCACGGCGUGUCCUCAAUGAUUUGGAUGACGAUGUGAGGAACACGGGAAUAAGGCAAGUGGAUCUUGUGCUCCUGAGAUUUCCGGAUUUCUCUGACAGCGAGGUUUCAGAGGAGGAGCUAGAGCUUCGGACGACUGCCAUAGCGGUAAUGUUUGAUCGAGGGCGGACAGCUACAGAGGCAUGGAUGUCGCUCCUUACGACAGCUUCGGUUAUCGUCAUCAUCCUUGCGGGGAUUGUCCUCCUGACCAGAGAUCUCACUUUCUUGUCCCACCACCUGCUGAGGCCCUUGCGGGAUCUUGCUGAUGACAUGGAGAGCAUCGCGCAAUUCGCCGGCGUCGGUAGUGAGGAGGAGGCUGGGGGCGAACCUGAGACCAGUGAGGUGCUCCUAAUCAGGAGGACCUUCGACAACAUGAAGAAAGCCGUCCGCUCGUGGGGCAAAUAUGUGCCACUGCCUGUGGUGCAGCUUCUUCUGCGAGAUGGCGAGGAGGCCAAGCUUGAGGUGAAGGAGCGAGAAGUAACUAUGUUUUUCUCUGACAUCGCAAACUUCACAACGAUAGUUGAGAGCAUUGAGCCAGCAGCUUGCCUGCUUCUUCUCAGUCGAUACUUCAACGACAUGUCCAAGGUCAUUGAUGAUCACAGUGGUGUUGUGCUGGAGUUCAUUGGAGAUGCGAUCCAGUGUGUCUACGGCGCACCGCUGGAAAACGAUCGUCAUCCGACCCUGGCAGUGGAGGCGGCUUUGCGGAUGCUGGGGGCGCUCCGACGCAUCAAGGACUGGUGCCGUGACCAUCGACUGCCCGAGGUGAACAUCAGGUGUGGAAUUCACACUGGCCGCGUGCUUGUUGGCAACAUGGGCUUUUCAUCUCGCAUGAAGUACGGCAUUGUGGGCGAAGAGUCCACAAUUGCGGGCAAGCUCGAGGAGCUGAACAAAACGUACAAAACGCGCAUACUGAUAUCGGAAAGCACUUAUGAAAUGCUCGAUCCGACUGAAUUCUUUAUUCGCCCCGUGGACUUCGUGUAUCUAAGACAGGUACACGAGGCUACAAGCGAACCUGUGUACGAGGUGAUGCCCCUGAAAACAAAAAAGCCAUCGAGCCCAUUGAAGCGCAUCCUCUCGCUGCAUGCGGAGGCAAUCUACGAGUACAGGCGAAAGGAGUUUGCCAGCGCGGCAAGGAAGUUCGAGCAGGUAAACACCAUCCUGGCAGAUUUUAAUGGGGAAGAUGAUGUUCCAUCCUCUCUGAUGACUAAGCGAUGUGCCACCUUGGCGGAAGUGCCGCCACCGAACGAGUGGGCAGUGCUCAUUUGCUUAGCUCCAGAUUUUCGACCUUUGAAGAUGAGCAGCUUGGAACCCUACAAGGGGAAUCUUCUGCAACUCUUUCAGCGCCAGAAGAUGUCUGAUACGGCCCAGGCUGGCCUUGGCCUGGAGGUGGGCUUCAUCCUGAUAGUCGACGAUGAAUUCCGAGACCUUGGGCCAGAGGCAGCCUGGUCUUUGUCCUCGGCAAAGCAGGGCAAUGGAGUGGAGCAGCUGCGUGAUGGAAGCACGGACACCUUCUGGCAGUCUGAUGGCCCCCAGCCGCACCUGAUAAACAUCCAGUUUCAGCGGAAGGUCAAAGUCAGCGAAAUUUGCUUUUACGUGUGCUUCAAGAUUGACGAGUCGUACACUCCAUCACGGAUUUCCGUCCGAAUAGGCACAGCUCAUCACGACCUACAAGAGGUUCAGGUGGUGGAGCUAAAGGAACCGGAUGGCUGGAUAACGAUACCCCUCGCCAAGUCGAGCUUCCGUCCUCUGGAGCUUCCGGCAAGCUGCACCCUGCGUGAUCCGGAGAUGAGUGGCGCUCGAGAAUUUGUGCGAACGCAUUUCAUACAGCUAGCGGUGUUGACAAACCAUCAGAACGGACGUGAUACUCACAUCCGUCAAAUCAAGGUCUUGGGCCCUCGAAGUGCUGUUCGCUCGGGCGCCGAAGUGCAGAAGGAGGUGUGUCCUCUGAAGCUGCAGACCCGCGAUCUGCAGCAGUUCGCAAGCAUAAGAUGA